AUGUCCACCAACUGGUUCAAAAAUUUCGCCGGUCUCCGUCAGAGCGAAUUCGAAAUGCUCCAAGUGCCGAAUCCAAAACUGGAAUUCGGAAUCCACGUCACCAUCAGAAGUAUGCAGACUGGAGCGCUCAUCGGAUCGAUUCUCGGACCGAUUUCGCUUUUGUGUCUCAAAAGGCGAAUAACAAGCAGAGCUACAUUUUUCAGCGAUUCAUUCGUGUCGGGCGGUCAAAACGGAGCGGUUCUCGGCGCCAUCAUGGGACCAGUUCUCACUUAUUUGAGUGUUCGAGAAAUGAACACUAUCCAAUUGUACGAUAAGUGCUAUCGAUUGAGAUUCAAUCAAGACGCUCUCCGUGAAGACCGUACGGCAGUGUUCUCGGCGGCCGUCGGUCUCCUGAGUAGUGGAUCGACUGGACUCGUCGUCGGACUCGAUUUGUCUCUUCUCAUCAGUAAACUGAUGAGUGGAUGUCGUUGGUAG